CCCGGGCUCGCGCAGCCGAUUGGCUCCCGGCUCGGGGCGCGCGCGGGUGGGGGGCGCGCGGCGGCGGCGCGCGGGGAGGAGGGCGAGGGGAGGAGGCGCCCGCCGGGCUCCCUGCAAAGCGGCCUUAUUUAUCUGGGCACAGCCUCAGCCUCCCUGGGGGAGGCUCGGGGCGCCCGUCCUCUCGCGCCCCGAAGCUCCUCUGGGGCGCGGCCGAGGGGGCCGGCCAGGCUGGGGCGCCGGGCGCGGCCGGGCCCUACUGGCCAGGCCAGCACCUCGGCCGCCUCCCCGCUCCGCGGCGCCCAUGCUAGGCCCCCCAUGAGCGCAGGACGCCCGGCCAGUCGCGUGGCAUGAGCCAGGAGCCCAGGCCCAGGGGGCUGACUCCUGCGCCCCAGAGGGCUGGCAUCCAGGGAGAGUGGCGGUGGCAGAAGGAGGCUCCGUGGGAGCGAGUGGGGAAGAUGUCCAGCCCGGGCAUGGAUGGUGACCCCAAGCCCCCGUGCCUGCCUCGAAACGGCCUGGUGAAGCUGCCCAGUCAGCCUAAUGGCAUGGGCACGGCCAGCAUCACCAAGGGCACACCUGCCGCCAAGAACCGGCCCUGCCAGCCGCCUCCCCCACCCUCCCUCCCACCCCCCAGCCUGGCAGCCCCACUUCCCCGGGCUGCCCUGGCUGGGGGCCUGUGUCCCUCAGCGGGGCUCCCCCUCUGUGGACCAGCCUCAGCCCCAACAUCCGGGCCCCUGGUGGAGCGGCCACCACUGGCCACAGAUGAGAAGAUACUCAAUGGGCUCUUCUGGUACUUCUCGGCCUGUGAGAAGUGUGUGCUGGCCCAGGUGUGCAAGGCAUGGCGGCGUGUGCUCUACCAGCCCAAGUUCUGGGCAGGCCUCACCCCUGUGCUGCACGCCAAGGAGCUCUACAACAUUCUGCCCAGCGGCGAGAAGGAGUUCGUGAGCUUGCAGGGCUUCGCCGCACGAGGCUUCGAGGGCUUCUGCUUGGUGGGAGUAUCUGACCUAGACAUCUGCGAAUUCAUCGACAACUAUGCGCUCUCCAAGAAGGGCGUCAAGGCCAUGAGCCUCAAGCGCUCCACCAUCACCGACGCUGGCCUGGAGGUCAUGCUGGAGCAGAUGCAGGGCGUGGUGCGCUUGGAGCUGUCAGGCUGCAAUGACUUCACGGAGGCGGGGCUGUGGUCUAGCCUGAGCGCCCGCAUCACCUCGCUGAGCGUGAGCGACUGCAUCAACGUGGCGGACGACGCCAUCGCUGCCAUUUCGCAGCUGCUGCCCAACCUGGCCGAGCUGAGCCUGCAGGCCUACCACGUGACGGACACGGCGCUUGCCUACUUCACGGCGCGCCAGGGCCACAGCACGCACACACUGCGCCUGCUGUCCUGCUGGGAGAUCACCAACCACGGCGUGGUCAAUGUGGUGCACAGCCUGCCCAACCUCACGGCGCUCAGCCUCUCUGGCUGCUCCAAGGUCACCGACGACGGCGUGGAGCUGGUGGCCGAGAACCUGCGCAAGCUGCGCAGCCUCGACCUCUCGUGGUGCCCACGCAUCACCGACAUGGCGCUCGAGUACGUGGCCUGCGACCUGCACCGCCUGGAGGAGCUGGUGCUGGACAGGUGGGCAGCCCCUCUGUUGCACCGCAGGUGUGUGCGCAUCACGGACACCGGCCUGAGCUACUUGUCCACCAUGUCGUCCCUCCGCAGCCUCUACCUGCGAUGGUGCUGCCAGGUGCAGGACUUCGGGCUGAAGCACCUCCUGGCCAUGAGGAGUUUGCGUCUCUUGUCUCUGGCAGGCUGCCCGCUGCUGACCACCACAGGGCUGUCCGGCCUGGUUCAGCUGCAGGAGCUGGAGGAGCUGGAGCUGACCAACUGCCCCGGAGCCACGCCCGAGCUUUUCAAAUACUUCUCCCAGCACCUGCCCCGCUGCCUCGUCAUUGAGUAACGCAGGCCCAUAACAGCGACCCUGGGCUCAGGCAGGGCUGGGACAUUCCGAGCCCCUCCCCAGCCCUGCCCUGGAGACCCCUUAUCCCCGCCUUUAUCUGCCCUGGGGGAGCCCCAGCCUGUGGGAGGCCAGGCACGGAGGGGCGACUCCCUGCCUGGGCAGCGCGGCCAGGCCACCCCAGCUCGCACGCACUUCUGGGACUUUGAGCAUGCCCUCGUGCCCGCACUGCAUGCCCGCCCACCCGCCCUCCACCCGCCACACCGCCGCCAUCAUCUGCCCAUCGCAGGGGUUGCCCCCACUGCCUUUCCUGCUGCACCCAACUGCCUCCCCCAUCCCGGGCAGGGCCCAGGCGGAUGGAGGGGGUGCUGUGUCCCCCAGGACACAGGGACCUGGAAUGGUCCAAGGCCAUCCCGAAUUUUCCAGUGCACAGAGCCUGGAGCCUUCCAGGUGAGCAGGGCACAGGUCACCCCCAGAGCCAUGGCUCACCAAGGAGCCCAAGUCCCGCCCCACCCCACCUCCCUCCUCAUGCCAGCCAGCCCAGCGAGCAUCCAUCUUCCUUGCCCACCCCCACAGGUGCACAGGUCACUGCGCCCUGGCCAGGCUCCCACAGAACAGGGUGGGGGGAGGCAGCUGGCUACAGCAACCUUGGCCUUGGCCACUUUGGUCCCGCUAGCUCAGUCCAUCUCGGUCCACUGAGACACCCCGAGCUGGGGUGACUCUCCAGAGCCUUCAGGCCUUGGGGGAACCCACACCUCAGCCAGUGCGGCCUGGGUGCUCAUUGCCACAUGGCAGUCUCGUCAGUUCUGCCUCCAGCGGACAUGGGAAGAAGGCCCUCAGCCGAGGCUCAGUGAACAGGCAGCAGGCCUCAGAACCCAGAGGAGGGAGGGCCCCUUUCCAGCCGCACCCUCACCCCAGCUUCCCAAACUUUUGCCUGCCUGAAAAGGCGCUGGCCAUAUCCUGUCUGACCCCAACUCAAGGCAGGCCUGGAGGAUGCUGGCGCCUCUUGGCCAUUGCUUAGGAAGGGGCUGGGACCUCUUUCCAUUCCUUUACCCCUGGAGACACAGCACCCACAUCCUAUCUUGGGACAACCCCCCACCCCCACCUGGUUGGAAGAGAGUAACCAGUUUCUCGAGAGUCAGAGAGAGAGAGGGAGAGAAAAUGAGCGAGCGAUGCUAUAGAAGCAGAGAAGCAGUUCGACAGCCCAAAGAUUUCCAUGUCCUGGAGUGCCGGCCGGAGGCUCCGGGGCUGAGAUGGUCAGGAGCCAGUUUCUCCAGCUCCUCCUCCCCAUGGCUUCCUCAUGGGGAGGGGGCAGCUGUCCAUUUGUCCAAAGUAUUAAUGCAACAGAAGCUGUGAUAUUUCCAACAACUGUAGGAGGAAAAACUAAGGGGAGAGAGGAAAACAAAACCAACCAACCCCUAAAACCAUUUUCUUAUUGUACAUAACGACCUCAUUCUCCUGUAUAUGCGGAAGAUAUAACCUUAUAUUUGGUAAGUGUUUCUUGUGCUAUUUUAUCACGUGACCUGUUUAUAAAAAUAUAUAUUAAAAAAGUUGUAAAAAC